AUGGAUGCCGAUAAUGACGAAUGUUUGCUAUUUGUGGACGAUUCCAACGUGUGGAUCGAGGCUCAGAAGUUCGCCGCCUCGGGCAAUUCACAUAUGCCCAAGCUCACAGACGGUGAUCAGGACCCACGUCUCCGGAUCAAUAUAGGAAGGUUAGUCAACACACUCUGCGAUGGCCGAAUUCAGCGCCAAUCUUACAUCUACGGCUCUCGGCCACCGCCUAAUGAUUUGGUAUGGGAUCAAUACAAGAAGUGCAGCUUCAAAACCAAGAUAUACGAUCGCGGCGCCAAUGGGAGGGAGAAGGAGGUGGACAACUCCAUGUCGGCAGAUAUGACCGAGGAGGCUGUUGAUCUUAGGGCCGUGGCGAAAUUUGAUCAAGCCGUCGAAGAGCGGAAAAAAAGAACAGUCUUUAUCGUUAUCACGGGAGAUCGCGAUAUGCUCCCCGCGAUCAGAAAGGUGUUGGGAUGUGGCAUCCGAGUCGAACUCUGGGGGUGGAACUCCGGGAUGGCCAGGGAAUACUUGAGGGAAAGAAAUACCAAUGGCCGACUAUCGGUCAAGUUCUUGGACAACAUAUUCAACCAAGUGUCGUUCACCAACUUCCGCUCCACCCGAAACACCAGGGUCGUUCCCGCCUACACGAUUGUGAUUUUGGAGCCAGAGGAUCUCGCUGAGGAAACAUGGAACGACUCUUACGUGGCGAAGGUCCUCCUCGAGUUGGGACGUUUGUUCUACACCACGCGUUCAAAGAAUGGAUCAGAAAUAUUCGUCGAGUUCCCCACGGUGAAGAACAUCGAGGCCAUCAUCGUAAAAGCACGGGAACUGUUUGGCGAGAAGACCAUCAUCAUGUCAUGGCCCGUCUAUGCCAGUAGGUUCAACAAGGAUGUGUCGGAGAUUGUCGAGACGAGCAACAUGUUUUUACCGCUGGAAAAUGACAACCGAGCCUCCAGCUCCCCUCUCAGUACGAAGCACGACGCGCAAAGCUCGCUGGAAAACAGUGUUGAUCUUGGAAGUGGCCCACCCGAAGCCGGAGACGAAAAAGCAGAAGUCCACGAGGCCGAGGCUGAAGGGGGCGGAGAUCCCGAUGAUGAGGAGGGCUGGGAGCAGGUGAAGUCUCGAUCUCGGCCAGGGAGAGCUCACGGACGUGCUCAGCGUGGGACUCAAGGGUGUCCCAAAGGCCAGCAUUGCGGAGAUAGGGGUGAAUGUGGUUAUAAGCAUACAAGCAAGGAAAUGGCUCGCUUUCGGGAUAAUCCGACCAAGGACUUUAGGUUGUGGAAAACAAAGAAAUGCACGGCUGUUGGGUGUCGCAGGGGCGAACGCUGUGCAUUUGCUCACUCGACGGAGGAGACAUGGUGUCUUUCGUGCAAUGACUACGGUCACUCGACGGAAGAUUGUAGGUUGUGA